AUGGACUCGUACCGUCCUGAGAACUCCCUCAGGCGGCGCGCAGCCCCAAAUGGUGACACUUACCGACCUCGCCGUUAUGAUGACCAUGACGGCGAUGAUGCCUGGCCACCGCGCAAUACCAAUGAUGCCGUGUUCUACUUUACAGCUGGUCGAGAUCGGGAUCGAGAUCGAGACCGCAAUCUCAAUCGCAAUCGUGACCGCAGCCGCAGCCCUCGCAAUGAACUUGCUAACCGAAUUCAACGAAGCUACCACCCACGGCGUGACCAGACACAGGAACGCCCUCCCAGACAUCGCCCUCACUUUUCCUUCAAAGUCUCUGAGCGACCUCUCUUGCGUCUGCAACAUGACGCUGUGGAAGACCCGUCGCUCCUUCAAAACUCUGCCGGCGUUAAGUUCCGAGCAAUCGAUGAACUCACCGAUAGUGAUGAGGAAGAGAUGGCACAAUCUGAAGAUGAAGACCAAGGUCGUGCCAAGCGCAUUCGGACUGAGCAUGAAGAUGAUCAAGAUGCUCCUGCUCCGAAAUGGUCCAACCCUGACCCUUAUACGUCGCUUCCUCCCGUGCAAUCCGGCGAAGUUGCUAAGCGCAAAGAUGUUCUGCGAAUGAUCCGAAAAGCCCGGCUCGAUGCCGAUAGGACUACGAAACUGACUGCACAACAAGACGACUACAUCUCGUUCGACGUCAACGACGACAAAUCCGAGGCAUCACUCGACCUGGGAAUCAUUCAAUCUCUUCCGCAUUCCGACCCCGACACUCCAAUCCGCCGCGCGCCCAAUGGAAACAGCAAUGCGUUAGGAAAGAGAAAGAGAAGCGAUGCAACAGGAGACAUAGCUCACCAGAAGCCUAUGCAACCUUCCCGCUAUUCAGACAGAUGGGUGCUCUCAAAAUGGUUUGCGGCGGAUGAUAGGGAUGCCGCCCCUUGGUUCACCAUGCAUACUCCAUCAGUCUUCCCUGGCGUGAUGCUACACAAUGAGAUCGUCAAGUUCUAUGAAUGGAUCCGACCUCGUGACUUCGAGGAAAGAGUGCGCUCUGGGGUUUUCCAACGCCUUUCGUACGACUUCCAAAAUUGUAUGGCGGGAGAAUUGAGGGCUUUUGGGUCCUAUGCCUCUCGGCUGUACUUGCCAACUGGCGACAUGGAUCUGGUUUUCCUCACCAAGAGGUACCGACCAGGCACAAUCCCAGACAAAUCAGAAGUCAAGUCCCCACUUAAUAUGUUCGAACGAUUUCUGAGAAACCGAAGGAUCGGAGAGUCCAUUGUUGUCAUAAGACAUGCAAAGGUGCCUAUCAUCAAGUUUGUUGAUCGUGUCAGUGGUCUCAAAGUCGACCUUUGUUUCGAUAAUGACUCUGGAUUCAUGGCUAUUGACACAUUCAAAAGGUGGAAAUCGGAAUACCCUCUCUUGCCGCAACUUGUUUCAAUUGUCAAACAAUUCUUAAUGAUACGAGGUCUGAACGAUGUGGCCACCGGUGGUUUGGGUGGUUUCUCUACGAUAUGCUUGGUCACGAGUUUCAUGCAGCUAUAUCCCCGUCUUAAUGCAAUGAGCGGCCAAGCUCCGAACUUGGGAGAAUUGCUUCUCGAGUUCUUCAAUUUCUACGGAAAUGUUUUCGAUAGAGAUGCAGUCGCAAUUCGAUUGGACCCACCUGGAUAUGUUGACAAGGCCGCAGUGCGUCAUACCUUUGGUGACAAAAGAGGCCGCUUGACAAUAAUUGAUCCCAAUCGACCAGAGAAUAAUAUUUCUGGCGGUACCUCCCAGAUACAGAAAAUUUUCCAUGCCUUCUCUUUAGCUCACCAAGGUCUCCUUGAGCGCCUUGACGAUGUCCAAAAUGCUGACCCGGACGAUGGGCCUAAGAGUUUCUUGGAAUACAUUGUCGGUGGAGAUUUCAGAUCUUAUGAUACGCAGAGACAAACGCUAUAUGAUUUGUAUGACGCCAAUCUGUACGUCCAGCAAGCCAUUUCUCAAAUCCCCCCUCCACCCCCUUCCGCCGGGCUACCAUCCAAACCGCCGCCUCCUCAACCACCACCGCCCCCGCCACCACCCCCAACUUCAGAAGCUACUGCUGCUCCGCAGUCCGUCACUGGCGUCAAUGGGAACGCGUCCAAUGGAAAGCCUACAAAAGACGCGGGAAACGGACCAAAACCAAAACCAAAAAACCACAAAGCUCGACGAAGAGCCGAACGUCUGAAAACACUACGUCCUGAUCUCGAACCAUCAAUUGGUGACGCGAUUUCCCAACUGGAAGCUAUGAAACUGGGUGGCUAUCGGACUGUGGAGAGCAUGACUAAUGACCUCGCUGCUAGGGAAGCUGCUACCGCCGAAAAGCUCAAAGCAAAAAAGAAUAAGUGA